AUGACCACGAGACUCCUGUGGAGGGCCCUGUGCCUGCUGGUCCUACUCUGCACCGUGUCACCCUUCAGCUCCGCCACCAAUGACCUGAAACCCUCCGCUCCGGAGCAGGGAGUCACCUUCAGCCACGUCUAUAAAAUCGACAUCCCGGGGAGCCCCGGUUGUAAACUUGAGCACCUGCCAACCCAGGACAACACAGGUCUGCAGACAGAGACGACUACGAAUGGAGAGAACGACAUAAUCUUCAGACACAACAUCAGGCUGCAGACACCGCAGUGUGACUGCGGGGAGUCUGAAACCUUCAAGUCACUCUUGUACAGAGUCAACGGGCUGGAGGAAGAAGUCAACUACCUGAAGACUCAGUGUACUCAGGGAUGCUGUGGUAGAGGUGGGGCUGCAGGAGUGGACACAAGCUGUAGCGGCCAUGGUACCUACCAACACGACACCUGCAGCUGCCUCUGUAACCCAGGAUGGGAAGGUCCAGAUUGCUUAGUGUCCUCCUGCCCUGACGAGUGCAAUGACAACGGCAGAUGUGUGGACGGGAAGUGUGUGUGCCAUCAGGGCUACACGGGAGAGGACUGCAGCCAGCUGAUGUGUCCAGAUAACUGCAACGACAAGGGGCAGUGUGUGGACGGAAAAUGCGUGUGUUUCCCGCACUUCACCGGCGAGGACUGCAGCGUCCAGAAGUGCCCCAAUGACUGCAUUGGUAACGGCCAGUGUGUGGACGGCCAGUGCAUCUGUGAAUUAGGCUUUUACGGGGAGGACUGCUCAUUAGUCCUCGGCCCUCAGGGUCUGCGGCUGGUCCAGGUGACAGACGUCUCCCUCCUGGUUGAGUGGGAAUCAGUCCAUGGGGCAGAGUAUUACAUUCUGACAUAUCAGCCCAAAGAUGAUAAGAGUGCCCUGGAGCAAGUCCGUGUUCCCAACACAGAGAACUCCUACCUCAUCACAGGACUGAGUCCUGGGGUCACCUACCUUGUCAACGUGUAUGCGGUCAUCAAAGAAAUCCAGAGUGAAGCAGACUCGAUCGAAGCUACCACAGAUGUCUCCGCCAUUGAUGGUAUCAGAGUUCUUGGCCAGACAGAAGUCUCUAUCCAAGUGGACUGGAAGAACCCAGCAGCUGAGGUGGAUCACUUCAGGCUCACACACACUGACCCGGCGGGACAGGAGGAGGAGAUGAACGUACUGAAGAGCCAGGAGGCGCGCACAAAGCACACUAUUGUUGGUCUGUAUCCAGGAACAGAAUACCAGAUCUCAGUGCAGGCCAUCAAAGGAACCACUGAGGGAAAAGCUUCCUCUGUCACUGGAGCCACAGACAUUGAUGCUCCCACCAACCUGAUCACCACUGAAGUGACAGAGGACACUGCAACAGUUUCAUGGGAUCGCGUCCAGGCAGAAAUCGAGGGCUACAUGUUGAGCUACACCUCUGCCGAAGGCUCCAGCAGCGACAUCUCCGUAGGACGUGACAGCACCUCGUACAGGCUGGUUGGCUUGAAGCCUGGAGUUCUUCACACUGUUUACAUCUGGGCUUACAAGGGAGACAAAGUCAGCAGGAAGAGUUCAACAGAAGCAGAAACAGAGCUGGAUGCUCCUACUAACGUCUCGGCCGGAGAUGAAACGGAGUCCAGCUUCAGGGUGUCCUGGGAUCACACCCAGGCAGAAAUUGAUGGCUACGUCCUGACCUACAGCUCCUCUGAGGGCUCAAGUGAGGAAAUCCCAGUUGGGUCUGACAGUACUUCAUACAUGCUGACUGGCCUGAGGCCUGGUGUCCUCUACACUGUCUACAUCUGGGCCGUCAAGGGGAGCAAAGCCAGCAGGAAGAUCUCAACACAGGCUGAGACAGAACUGGAUGCUCCUGCUAACCUGUCAACCCGAGAUGUGACAGAGUCCAGCUUCAGCGUGUCAUGGGAUCCAGCACAGGCCGAAAUAGACGGCUACAUCCUAACCUACAGUUCGUCUGAGGGCUCUAGUGGGGAGAUCCCUGUGGGGCCUGGCAGCACCUCUUACACGCUGACUAGUUUAAGGCCUGGGGUCCUCUACACUGUCUACAUCUGGGCCGUCAAGGGAAACAAAGCCAGCAAGAAGAUCUCGACACAAGCUGAGACAGAACUGGAUGCUCCUGCUAACCUCUUAGCCCGAGAUGAAGCAGAGUCCAGCUUCAGAGUGUCAUGGGAUCCAGUCCUGGCAGAAAUUGAUGGCUACGUCCUAACCUACAGCUCCUCUGAGGGCUCUAGUGAGGAAAUCCCGGUCGGGUCUGACAGCACCUAUUACAAGCUGACUGGCCUGAGGCCUGGGGUCCUCUACACUGUCUACAUCUGGGCCGUCAAGGGACACAAAGCCACCAGGAAGAUUUCAACAAAAGCUGAGACAGACAUCGAUGCCCCUAAAGACCUGAAGGCGGCUAACGUGGAGCUGGAGUCUGCUUUAUUGACCUGGGUUCCUCCGCUCGCUGACAUUGAGGGCUACAUCCUCACCUACAGAGAUGAGGAUGGCAGCAUGGAGACAGUUGAAAAGCAGCUUCUGGCCAGAGAGCCCAGUUUUGCUGUAUCCAGUUUGGAGUCGGGGAAGAGAUAUAUCGUCACCAUCAUCGCCUACAGGGGGAACAAGAGGAGCAAAGUGGUAGAGACUAUCUUCAAAACAGUCGGCCUCCUGUACCCCUUCCCCGUGGACUGCCUUCAGAUCAUGAAGAACGGCAAUAAGAAGAGCGGCAUCUACACUGUCUAUAUUAACAGCGACCGCUCCAAACCAUUUGAGGCUUACUGCGACAUGGAGACUGAUGGAGGCGGCUGGCUGGUGCUCCAGCGACGUACCAUUGGCAAGCUGGACUUCAUGAAACGCUGGAGACAGUACAUAGCCGGUUUUGGCAACUUGACAGAGGAGUUCUGGAUUGGUCUGGAUAAGAUAUAUGAGCUCACCAACACUCCUACUCAAUAUGAGCUGCGGUUUGACCUGGGACUGGGAUCUGAGAGAGCCUAUGCUGUAUAUGACAACUUUAAGAUUGCACCGGUCAAGCAGAAGUUCAAACUCACUAUCGGCACAUACAGUGGGACAGCAGGCGACGCUAUGACCUACCACCAAGGCCGGCCCUGGACUACUAUUGACAAUGAUAAUGACAUCGCCCUGGGUAACUGUGCCCUGACCCACCGUGGAGCCUGGUGGUACAAAAACUGUCACCUGGCCAACCUCAAUGGAAAAUGGGGAGACAACAGGCAUAGUUUGGGAGUGAACUGGGAGCCGUGGAAGGGCCACCUGAUGUCCCUCGACUUCACCGAGAUGAAGAUCCGACCUUUGGGAGCCCUGUCCAGCAGGAAGAGACGGUCGUUGAUGGCCAGAGAGAAGAGCAAAACUAAAAACCUCCAAAAUAAAUAA